AUGGGGAAUGAGUCCAACACCUCAGUGUUCACCUCCACCUUAUCGGAGAGAGAAGACCUGAUUUUUGGCACUCUCUAUUUAGUCUUUGGCAUCAUGUCCUUGUCUGGGAACUCCCUGCUGCUGCUGGUGGCCCAUCAGAAGAGGUCCCUGCUGAAACCUGCCGAGUUCUUCAUCGUCAACCUGGCCAUCAGUGACCUGAGCAUGACGGUGACGCUCUUCCCCUUGGCCACCUCCUCCUUCUUUGCACACAGGUGGCUCUUCGAGCAGGCCCUGUGCACCCUCUACGCGUUCUGCGGGGUUCUGUUCGGGCUGGGCAGCCUGGGCAGCCUGGCGGUGCUCAGCGCCGUGUGCUGCCUGAAGAUCUGCUUCCCGGCAUAUGGGAGCAGGUUCUCACGGAGGCACGCCGUGGGGCUGCUGCUGGCUGUCUGGGCCUACGCCCUGGCCUUCGCCACCGCGCCCCUGGCCCGCUGGGGCGGCUACGGCCCCGAGCCCUACGGCACAGCCUGCUGCAUCACCUGGGAGGCCUCCAGCAGGGAGGCCACGCUCUACAUCCUCGCCCUCUUCAUCUUCUGCUACCUCCUGCCCUGCCUGCUCAUCCUGCUGUCCUACGCGCUGAUCAUGUGGACGGUCUGGGUGUCACAGAGAGCUCUGCGGCAGCACACGGCGCCCCGGCGCAGCGCCCGCGGCGGGCACGGCCUGCUCCUCAAGCUGAGCGUGGCCGUGUGCCUGGGGUUCCUGGCUGCCUGGACCCCCUACGCCGUGGUUGCGCUGUGGGCACUGCUGGGGGACGCCAGCCAGGUGCCAGCGCUGGCCUUCGUGCUCUCGGCCGUCUGUGCCAAGUCCUCGACGCUCUACAACCCGCUGGUGUACCUGCUCUUCAAGCCCAACUUCCACAAGUUCCUCUCCAAGGACAGGGUGCUCCUGCAGGCGCUGCGCACCCUCCCGUGCUGCGGCUGCCGGGGCGCUGCGCUCCAGCCGUUCCCGUCCCCGGGCUUGGGCGGCUGCCCCGGCACUCGCAGAUGUGCUGAUGCUCUGGAGCGUUUCAGUACCUUCCCUGGGAGCUGCACACCCCCCCGGGGGCCCGGCAGCUCGGCCCAGCCGGGCCCCCUGGCCGUGCUGGCCGGUGGAGCUGCCGGGCAGCCGGGGCUGAGGAGGACGGUGCAGGUGACGGUGCUGCUCACGCCGAGGUGGCCAGGCCCGGGCACUGCCAGCGUGGCGGGGGAAGCCCUGGCCUCGGCCAUCGCCAAGGACCUGCUCUGA